UUCCUCUUCGCAGACAUUACUCCGCAAUCCGUCGGCGAUCUCCUCAUCGAAGGCAAGACCAAACAGGUGUUCGGCGUCCGCACCGACCCCUCGCUGGUGUUCGUGCGCUCCAAAGACCGCAUAACCGCCGGCGACGGCGCCAAGAGUCACGAAAUGGUCGGAAAAGCCGUUCUCUCGACACAAACCAAUUGCGCGCUCUUCGAGUUCCUGCAGUCGGUGGGCGUUCCCACGCACUUCGUGGGGCGAGUGGGCGGCGCCUCCCAUCCCGACGCCGACCGCUCUUUCGUGGCCAAGAAUUGCGCUAUGAUUCCCAUCGAGUGGGUCGCCAGACGAGUGGCGACCGGAAGUUACCUCAAGAGACACCCGAACGUCAAAGAGGGCUACCGGUUCGCGCCCUUGAAGUUGGAGACCUUUUUCAAGGACGACGCGAAUCACGACCCCUUCUGGUCGGAGGAGUCGCUGAUUGGCGCGCGACUCGAGGCCAACGGACUCCUCAUCGACGCCGCGCGCGUCAAACAAAUGCUCGAAAUGACGAAAACGGUGUUCGAAGUCAUCGAAAGAGUGUGGCAGACGGCGAACCACGCGCUGAUCGACAUGAAGAUCGAGUUCGGAGUCAUUGACGGAAACGGAAAGAAAGAGAUAGUCGUCGCUGACGUCAUAGACAACGACUCGUGGCGUCUGUGGCCCGAAGGCGACAAGAAGUUGAUGCUCGACAAACAGGUCUACCGAAACCUCGACGCCAAAGACAUCGACGCGAAGGCCAUCGACACCGUGCGCGCCAACUUCGCGGUCGUCGCGCAGCGCACGAAAGACCUCUUCUCGAGCGUCAUUCGCCGCCCUCUGCCCGCCCCCGCCAGAGGACAGACGCCCGAAGUGGCCCUCGUGUUGGGCUCGGCGGGCGAUAGGGCGCACGCGGACGCCAUCGCCGGCGCUCUGCGCGAGAAGUGGGGCAUAAAUGACGUCCCAAUCGUCGUCUCUUCGGCUCAUCGCACGACUGCGCGCACUCUCGACGUGUUGGCGCGUUUGCAGCAGUGGCCCACUUUGCGCGCCAUUGUCGCCAUCGCCGGCCUCUCCAACGGCUUGGGACCCGUUCUCGGGGGCAACGCUUGCGUUCCCGUCAUAAACAGUCCGCCCGUGACUUCAUUGGACGCGCUUUCGCUGGACAUCUGGUCGUCGCUUCGGAUGCCGUCGGGAAUCGCGUGCUCGACAGUGGUGGGCGCGGAAAACGCGGCGCUGGCGGCGGCCCUCGUGGUGGCCACGCACGCGCCGUGGGUGUGGUCGCGAGUGCGCGCCCAACAGUGCAAUACUUACGUAAAAGUGUUGCUUUUGGACGAGAAUUGAAUCUCUUCUCGAAUUGAAUCGCUUUUAUAAAAGUUUAAUUAGUUUUGAAUAAAAAUCAUUCAAAUCGCG